UUGAAAAGCUUCUCUAAUAUAGAGGUUACACAAAACACAAUAAUCUCUCAUUACAAAAAAAAAAGUAAAAGAGUCAAAACAAUCUCUCUCGAGUUCUAUGGAUUCGGAGGUCAUAAAACUUAUUUCUCAAAUUGUUAAAUCUAAGGAUACAAGUUCGAAUCCAGAUUCGAGGAUGAGAUCACUUAUAUCACUUUUUAGUCAACUAAUCUCUUUGAUCAACUCUAUGGAUCUUGAUUCGCAGCCGGAGCCGGAGCCGGAGUCGGGGAUCAUAUUCUUCAUAUACCAACUGAUCUCUUUCGGGAGAUCUCUAUCAGGUUCGAAGCCUGAGAGGCAGAUCAUAUUACUCGUGACUGAAAUGAUCUCUCUCAUCAGCUCUACUGAUCCGAAGCAGGAACCGGAACCUGAGGUCAUGUCACUGACCAGUAAAACAUUAUCAAGUUUAUACUCACUGGAUCCUUAUUCGGAGCUCCAACUACUCAUUGCUAAAACAUUCUCUUUCGUCGAACUAAUGGAUUCUGAUUCGGAUCCUGAGGCUGACGCGGAACGUGAGUCGGAGCGGCUAAUUUCCUUAUGCCCUCAGUUUGAAGUAGAACUUGUGCAAGGAAAAUUUCGUGUGGCGGGAAAAUUCGAGUGGAGGAGGAGAGAAAAGGGGAAGUGUAACCCCGGAAACCGGAAGGUAUUAAGGUUAAGAAAAGGAGCAGAGAUUACUCAUUUCUUUUGCCGGAAUUGCAUUGGAGAGGAACAUGACGUAUGUGACAAGGCACCACUUGAGGUCAAACAUCCUCUUCAUCCAAGACACUCUCUUCAACUUGUUUUGUGGUGGGUGUCCAACUUCCAAAAAAGAAAAUGCUAUUGUUGUGAUGAAGAACUCUUAUGGAUAUUUUAUUUUUGCUCGGCUUGCGAUUGUGGUAUGAAUAUAGCUUGCGUGGAGAAAAAACCACUCUUAUCGAUAGACCAUCCGGAGUGGCAUGAACAUAUACUUUCUCUGUUUCCAAGACAAGCUCCCUUACCUUGCAGUGUGUGUGCCUUGCCUCAUUCAAGGUCUACUUUUUAUAUAUGUUCCCCGUGUCAAUUUAUAGUUCAUCAAAGUUGUAUCAACUUACCAAGCGUCAUAAGGAUAUCUCGUCAUCUCCACCGUAUCUCUUUUAUCCGUUCUUUCGACCAAGGAGAUUGGUCUUGUGGUGUUUGUCGCCGAAAAAUCUACAAUGAUUACGGGGGUUAUUCUUGCAUCAAUGACGAUUGUUCGUAUGCAGCUCAUUCAACUUGUGCCACACAGAGCAAUGUCUGGGAUGGUAAUGAACUUAAGGGAAAGCCAGAAGAAAUUGAUGGAGAAGGAGUUGAGCCAUAUGUGAGUAAAGGGAAUGGAAUUAUACAACAUUUCAGCCAUCAACAACAUUAUUUGAGUCUUGAUGAAAACACUGGUAGAGAUAACAACGAGAAUAAGUUGUGUCAAGCAUGCAUCACGCCAAUAUACUCCGGUAAAUUCUACUCUUGUAUGAAAUGCAAUUUUAUUCUCCACGAAGAAUGUGCAAAUUUUUCUCGCAAAAUACAUCACCCGAUACAUCCACAUAUGCUCACUCUAAUGACUCCCACUACCGAUAGAAUCAACAUUGAGAAUUCAUGUUCUGCUUGUCCCUGGUUGUGCACAACUGGUUUCUUCUAUGAGUGCGAUAGAGAAGGAUGUCGUUUCAUUCUACACGUGCAGUGUAGCAAAAUUUCUGAACCAUUAGUUCAUGAGAGUCAUAUGCAUCCUUUAUUUCUAACAUCCAGACCAGGAGAGCGGAAACAUUGUGACGUUUGCAAAAAGCCAAGAGAUACUUCUACAAGUGAAACAUUCAACUGCAAUGAGUGCGUCUUUUCUUUGUGUUUCAAGUGUGCUGCUAUACCUUAUAAGGUGAGGUAUAAGCAUGAUAAGCAUAUGCUCACUCUUUCUUAUGGGAAUGAGACAAGUAUGUUGACGCAUUGGUGUGAAGUUUGCGAGGGAAAAAUAAAUCCCAAAUACCGGUUUUAUAGGUGUGAUGAGUAUUGUUGUGUCACCCUACACAUGGAAUGUCUGCUUGGGUUGGACUUAUACAUGACGCCAGGUUUAUCGUUGUUCCACUCCGGUGCUACAGACAUAGAUGUUUUGCCCAACAAUCGUAUGUCUCGACCUAUUUGCAAGACCUGUAACAAGCGUUGUCCAUUCAAAGUAGUCUUCCAGUGUUCUGGAUUUAAAUUUUGUUCCAGGUUUUGUUUACUUCGUGGCAUUUGGACAGGUUUGACCAAAAUAGCUUAAUGGUUUGCUUUUUGUAUUGAUAAGUUAAACACUUUUAUGUCCAAUAAAGUUAUGAUAUAUUUCGGAGG